CAAGCCGUUUGGGACAUCUGUAAACGAUAAUUGACAAUGCAAUCGUAAUCGUAAACAGAAUCUUAAUCAGGCCAGCAAUCGUAAAUAUAAUUGCAAUUGGCUUUUUAAUGCCCCAAUUAAUGCGCAAUUUAAUUGAUUAUCGUACAAUUUCUGGCUUUGAUUAAUAUUCUAUUUACCGGUGCUAUUUGCAAAGCAACGGUUUCGUUCUUAUUUAAUGUCCGCUUUGUAGCCCUUUUUUAAAUGCCCGAGCAAUGCUCAGUCUUAACCCAUCCUCCCUAUUUUCUGGCCUGUUAGCGCGCGCCACCAAGCGGACACGGCGAAACUAGUACUUCCCCCUUCAUGGUGUUCACAUGAGGCGGCAAAGGCAGACAAGAUAGACGUCAAAGAAGAGAUAGGCAAUUGUAUCAAGGAUUUUUACCAAUAUUUUCAGCCCCAGCGGUUUUUCAUCCUCCAUUGUUAUCGUCGCAACUCGCAAAUCCAGUUCUGUUACUUUUACACGUGGUCGACACGUCGAUACAGAGAGGCAUGGCAGAUCAAAUUCCGAGAUUCAAUGACAACAAUUCACCUGGUGUCACAAACCAAGUUAACACCUUCAAUCAGAACAAUUCACCUGGUGUGUCAAACCAUAUGCUCAACAUGGAUGCAAACAGCUCACCUGCUGUGGCAAACCAGGCUGAGAGACUAGAUGACAAUGGGAAUCUGUCUGUUCUUCGAACUUCUCACCAGUUGCUUCUAUUUAGCGACCAAACUCAAAAGUCAUUGGAUGCACAUCAGCUUGCCAUUUAUUUAGAACUUGGCUACACUGCCACAUUCAUUGCGGAAUUGACUGGUGUUCACUUAAAGAAAGAUGAACCUGGUAGAGACGGAGGAGAUCCCGAUGAUUGGGACCAAACUGUUCAUACUAUUCCCGCUGUGGAUGUCGCUGCUUUUCGUUGUCCAUUGAAUGCUGAGCAGUUAUUCGAGAUGGAGAGGCGCAUCAGAAAAGAACAGAUUGAUCUCUAAAGUUUACAAAUUAAAUACUAGAAAGUGAAAAAUUAUGUUUUGAACUCAAUUGGUUAACUGAGCCCUUUUUAUUUGCCUUUCUAACACUUCUCACUCUGCCAACUCAUUCCAAUACGUGUCGAAAUUGGCUGUUGAUGUGUCCACUUGCUGGUUCAUGUGAAAGUCAAUAAAAAGCGUAACGAUAGGUCUUAACGUUA